AUGUCUGAGGAUGAUCUACCUGGGCAUGUUAUUCUCCAAUUACAGGCAACAGAUAGUGACGGAAAGUAUGAGAAUCAUCGGAUAAAUUUUAGAAUUCCUAGUAAAGACGAACAGUCAACAAGUCUUGCCUUCUCCGAAGCUCAGGCAUCGGCAGCUAAUCUAUUUGAGAUCGAACUCAUCAAUUCUUACGAUUAUAAUUCCGAUUCAUCUGGCGAUAUCAGAAAAAACGCUACGACGGGUCAGUUAAUCGUUCAAAGAAAGUCGGAGAGUCACCUCCGACAAGCUGCGAAACGAGCCCUAGAAGCAGCAAAAAAGUUGCAAAUUAAUAGUGUUGAAAUAUUAAAUCCAAGACUGAGAUAUCGACCUUUGAAUGUACGAUCCUAUCUUCUACGAUUUAUUGUUGAAGCAUUUGAUUUUGGGAAACCCCCACUUUCAUCUAGAGUUCCUGUCUAUGUCGAAAUUAUUGACGUGAACGACGAAGCUCCCGAAAUAUUUGUUAAUUACAUUUCCAUGAUGCCACAACAACAGGGAAGAAAAAAUCAGUGUGGAAAUCUCCUUGAAGGUCAGGGUCGAUCUAUGAUUGCUCAGAUUACCGUUGUCGAUAAUGACGCCAGUUCAAUUAAUACUGAAGUUGCUUGCGCUCUCAAUGAUACCCGUUUCUCCCUCGAGCCUAUUUCCACUAUUAGCAAUGUUCGUUGGCCAGGAAUCGGUGUUGGCAGCCAAGAUGGAAAGAGCAAUCAAGCUACUCUGAUGUACAAGUUGAUGUCAAACAGUGCUGUUGAUAGGGAGAGUGCUUUGGGAAGUACCAUCUCUGUUCAAAUCACCUGUGCCGACAACCAAAAUGCGGACACUAAAUCCAAACGAUUGACAUCUCGUGCGGAUAUAUGCAUCAACAUUGAGGACAUUAAUGACAAUCCCCCACAGUUUGCCUCCAGUGUAUACACUUUCAAAGUUGCAGAAAAUCUCCCUUCGAACAAGAGCACCAAUAGAAUCGGGCAUUUCAUAGGGAAGAUUCAGGCUACGGAUCGUGAUACUGGUCCAAAUGCCAGAAUUCAGUACUCUGUCUCACAGAAUGCCAAAGGAGUUGUGGAAAUAGACGCGAUUAAUGGAAGUCUUUAUCUUAUCACCCCAUUUGAUAGGGAGAAAACAAGACAAUUUGUGUUUACAGUUAUUGCAACAGAUCAGGCAGAGGGAAACCACACCACCUACAGUAAGUUAUCAGGUAGUGCUAAGGUGAGAAUAAUCGUAACGGAUAUGAACGAUUGUCAACCAGAAUUUGAGUCAGCAAACUACAACUUCGAGGUGGAGGAGAAUGUAGAACUGGCAGAGGUAGGAAGAGUCAAAGCCACAGAUGCAGACACAGGUGAUUACGGUCGAGUUCGAUAUAGCCCUGCUGUUGAUGAGCAUCAAACUGGGGGAUCCAACCAUUCAUACAGACCAAAUGGCAAUUCUAUGAUAACCAGUUUAUUCCAAAUAUACCCACGAAGGGGGAUUAUUCGUUUGAGAGGCCAUUUGGAUAGGGAAAAGCGUGUUCACUAUGAGUUUCUUGUCCAUGCAGUGGAUAACAUCUCAUUGAAUACUGAAAAUCCAUCAGGCCACUCAACCGUUCGUUUCACAGCAACGGCCACAGUUCUAGUUGUGGUGUUGGACCAGAAUGGCAACCCUCCUCAAAUCCAGUCUCCCAGAAAUCUGGCUGAAUUUAUGCUCAGUCCUGACCAGAUGGUAGCUGGAACAACCAUAUUUGCUGCUAUGCUGCUGACAAUGAUCAAGGAGAAAAUGCCACCAUCAAAUACGAAUAUUUCUGAAGCGCUUCCCGAGAAUUCAUCAGAUUUGGCAACAACAAGGGUGGCCAAGAGCUUUCUCUUUGCCAUCGAUCAGACAACAGGAGUAUGCUACCUCAAACAAAAUCUACCUCCCAUUGGAAUUGACGGCUCGAAUAUAUACGUUUUCAGAGUGAAAGCUUACGAUCUGGGAACUCCAGGCAGCCUGAACUUCAUUGUAACGGUGAGAAUAGUACGAGGGAACAAAGCUCUCAGUGGAAGUUAUACAGACCCAUUUCUGAUCAAUAAUGGGUAUAGGAGUGAAGGAGUGGUGAAGGUUGGAGGUACAGGAGGACACUACUCAGGAGGAGAAUGGUUGGGAGAUUGGGAAGCAGAUACGGGUUGUGUGCCUAACAAAACUCUAGCAAUUAUUGUUGCUGCAGUGUUUGCAGUGAUAAUUCUCCUCACAAUUUUGAUAUUUGUCCACUUCUGA